AUGGCCAUCUCCAAGGCCACUCGUUGGAUUACUUUUGGCAGUACUCCCUCUACGGCUGCACCCGUACAGCAAGCUGCACUUUCUCCCGUUCUCGCCCCAGUCUACGGCUCGGAUGAGAAGCAGUUCGGUUUCACAAAUUUCGGAAACACCUGCUACGCCAAUUCUGUACUCCAGGCGUUGUAUUUCUGUUCACCUUUUCGGGACCUCGUUCUCCAGUCUAUCGAUGCCUCCGCCAACAGUACCGCUUCGGCACCAGCAGCGACCGAGCCUUCCUCGCUCGCUGCCCCUCCGAUGUUGCGCCGUCAGUCAGCCAAGCGCGCACAUAGCGAAGCCGCGCCGAGCGCUAGUACCCAAGACGACCAUGCGGCGAUCCCGGCACACCCACCAACACUCUUCUCCGCGCUGCGCUCCCUCUUCAUGUACAUAUCCAAACACCCUGCGGAGAAGGGAACCGUUGCACCACGUGCUUUCGUCGACAAACUCAAGGAAGUCAAUGAGCUUUUCCAAGGAACCCAGCACCAGGACGCGCACGAAUUCCUCAACUACCUGCUUAACAAGAUUGUCGAGGAGAUCCAAACCGACAAGAAUCACAGAGACGGCCCGCUGGACGGAUCGCACGAUGACCUGUCCGGCUCGGUGGGCACGCUCUCUUCGGCCCCCGCACAGACGUCUUCGAGCAGCUCAUCAUAUGAGCCCACUCUCGUUCAAAAGUUGUUCGAAGGCGUGCUCACGUCGGAGACCCGAUGCCUUACUUGCGAAACCGUCACAUCCCGCGACGAGUCUUUCCUCGACCUGUCCAUUGACAUUGAGCAGAACUCGAGCGUUACGGCAUGUUUGCGUCAGUUCAGCGCGAGCGAGAUGCUUUGUCAAAGAAACAAGUUCUUCUGUGAUAGCUGCGCGGGGUUACAGGAGGCGGAGAAACGGAUGAAAAUCAAGAAGCUGCCCAAUAUUCUGGCUCUACAUCUGAAACGCUUCAAGUACCAGGAGGACAUUCAGAAGUACAUCAAGCUCACCUACCGCGUCGCAUUCCCUCUCGAGCUCCGAUUGUUCAAUACAGUCGACGAUGCGCCAGAUCCCGACAGGCUAUACGAGCUCUUUGCUAUCGUCAUUCAUAUCGGCGCCGGCCCUCACCACGGACAUUACAUUACCAUAAUCAAGGGACCGCACUCCUGGCUAGUCUAUGACGAUGACAAGAUCGAAGCUAUCAAGGAGUCGGAGAUCUCAAAGUACUUCGGCGAUGCCCCGGGCGGCGCUGCGUACGUCCUAUUCUACGAGGCGGUCAACCUCGAGCCCUCUGAACUCGGUAUCCGCCCUGUACCGCCAAGAGCUGCGCCCGCCGAUGUACCCGCGCCGUUACCCGUUGUCAAGCUUCAUGAGACCGCCAACGGCUCUGUCAUCCCCGUCUCCACGCCGCCGGGCUUGAAACCGGGAUCGUCCCAGGAAGAGCUGCAGGUCUCGCAGGAUGGACGCUCUGAGGCAUCGACGUCGACAUCGGCGCCAGCGUCUCCUGUCAUGGUGCCACAGCUGAACGCACGCUCUACACCCGCACUGAGCGUGGUCACAUCACCCGAUCACUUGCCGCCGCCAAUGAGCUCGACUCAAGCCAACGGACAUGCGACGAGUCCGGUGAAGAGCUCUCGAAGUGGAGGUUCAAUUAAGCGCAAGCUCAAGGGCGCGGACGCUGUACCGAGUAGCCCACGCGAUCCUUCACCGCGCCGCCCACGAACCGCACCAGGACCUGCCAGUCCCACGAAGGUCCCUCUCAGCGAAGCCCCGCCUGUGCCACCGUUACCCUCGUUCAAGGUCGAUAGCCCUGUAGAGCCUCCGAAGAGUCCAUUGCGCAAGAGCAGCAAAUGGGGCUUCCGACGGAGUCUACGCGCGAUGGCGAAAGGAGAGGAUAAGGAGGCGAAGGAUAAGGAGAGGAAGGAUGAUGAGCGAGAAACGGUCGGGACGAGCUCGAUGGGCAGCAUCGCGCACAGCAUGGCGAGCGCGCCGAGCCAGGCAUCCAUGGCCGAGUCGGCCGCAUCGGGCAGCUCGGUCUUCCGCCGCGCAUCCCUCCGCAUGACCCAGGGGCACCAAGGUCAUGCGCGGAGGGUCAGCGCAGGUACAUUCGAACCUCCCCCGCCGCUCGCUUCUGCGUCUACGCAGCCCACGGCCUCGCAGUCUGAGGAACCGCAGGCGCAUGCGCCGGUCACAUGGGCGGGCCCGCCGCUUGAUACAAUUCCUGCGACGCCGUCGGUGCUGGAUGGUCCUCCGAAGGUCAAUGGGGCCACACCCAACGGAUCGCCUGCUGCACCGCAGUUCCAGCGCUUAGCAUCGGCAGAUGUGUUCAGCUCCACACCAGUCGCCGCACCGGCCACGCCACCACCAAACACCGAGCCACCUACGCCCACGCGUGCUACACGUCGCACCCCUGAACCUCCAACGCCUACGCGUUCAGCUCUCAAGGGAGCUCCAUCUUCGUCUGCCGUCUCUCCCCCGUUGUCCCCUCCACCACGAUCGCCUGCGCGACCAAAAACUGCGAGUGGGGCGGAGCGCGCAUCAAGGCAUACCAGUACGAUUGCAGCACCCAUGCCCAAGCCGCCAUCCAGUCCUAGUGCUUCAAAAGCGGCUGCGUUGAGCGAUAGCGAGGCUGCACACAACUCCAAGAAAGAACAUCGGCAUUCACAUCAUACGCGCGAUCUCAUAGAUAAGCUACGACCGCAUAGUGCGCACGGGCAUGCAGGGGAGCAGCAUGGACACGGCUUCGGGCACGGACAUCGACCAAGUACGAGUAUCGGUGCACCGAGCGUGCCGAGUAUACCUGCCAGUGCGACGCCGCCACCUCCCCUCAGUAGUGCUAAUCCCGCAUCAAGUCCCCCAAGCACAAUACCGCAUGAGCAUGAGAAGGAGAAGGCCAAGGCUGGCUUCAAGCGUGCGGCUCGGAAGCUCAGUUUGACGGGCGCGAUGUUUGGGCUGGGGAAGGACAAGGACAAGGAGAGGCGGACGAGGCCACCUAGUGCGUAUCUUACGCCUGGUACACCGCGAUGA